CGCGAAGGGGCAAAAUGACCCACCACUUGCUGCACCGAGAAAAAAUGCCAGCAAUAGCAAGCAACUAGGAAAAUAAAGCAAGCAAGGAGAAAAAAGUGGAGAGACAUCGGAGGAGAGAGGAGAAGAGCCUUUCUGUUGAACACCACACAAUCCUCCAUUUUAAUCUCUGACACAAGGAAGAGUGAGUGAGUCUCCUUCCUCAUUGCAAUGCAGUCGUCGAUUCAAAUCAACCAAACUUCCCACUUUUAGCUUUUACCCAUCGUUUCAAAUCGCCUUCCAUUGACGAAAUCGCAGUAAAGGUCGUUGCUUUUUGGGUUUUGGGUUCGUAUUCAGGAAACCCAGUUCGAAUUUGGAUCGGAAAAGGAGAGAAACCUGGUUGGAUCAAUGUCGUGCUCAUCUUCAUCUGGGUCGGAGGAGGACGAUGAGGGCAUCGACUCCUACAGGAAAGGAGGCUACCACGCCGUCAGGGUCGGCGAUCAGUUCAACGGCGGCCGCUACGUGGCUCAGAGGAAGCUCGGUUGGGGUCAGUUCUCCACCGUCUGGCUCGCUUACGACACCACCACCUCUAUGUACGUUGCUCUUAAGAUUCAGAAAAGUGCAGCACAGUUUGCUCAAGCCGCUCUUCAUGAGAUUGAACUUCUUUCUAGUAUUGCGGAAGGCGACCCCAUGCAUUCCAAGUGUGUUGUGCGACUGAUUGACCAUUUUAAGCACGCAGGCCCGAACGGGCAGCAUCAAUGCAUGGUCCUUGAGUUUCUUGGCGAUAGCUUACUUCGGCUGAUCAAGUAUAACCGUUACAAAGGCCUUAAGUUGAAUAAAGUUAGGGAGAUCUGCAAAUACAUACUGAUAGGUCUCGACUAUUUGCAUAGAGAACUUGGUAUAAUCCACACUGACCUCAAACCCGAAAACAUUCUUCUCUGUAACACCAUUGAUCCUGCCAAAGAUCCAGUCAGGGCUGGCCUCACACCAAUUCUGGAAAGGCCUGAAGGGAACCUGAAGGGUGGAGCCACCAUGACUCUUGUUGAGAAAAAGUUGAAAAGGAGGGCAAGGAAGGCAGUUGCUAAGAUUUCGUUGAGAAGAGAAUCUAUGGGAGUUAUUGAACUUCCCAAGUCCGAAAGAAACCUGGAUGGGAAUGAUGUAAAGUGCAAGGUUGUUGAUUUCGGAAAUGGAUGUUGGGCCAACAAGCAAAUUGCAGAAGAGAUUCAAACAAGGCAGUAUAGAGCUCCUGAAGUUAUCCUUCGAUCUGGUUAUUCUUACUCAGUUGAUAUGUGGUCCUUUGCCUGCACUGCCUUCGAGCUUGCAACUGGCGACAUGUUGUUUGCUCCAAAGGUGGGACAGGGCUUUAGUGAGGAUGAGGACCACCUUGCAUUGAUGAUGGAACUCCUUGGGAAGAUGCCUCGAAAGGUAGCAAUUGGUGGAGCUCGUUCCAAGGACUUCUUUGAUCGACAUGGUGAUCUAAAGAGAAUCCGCAGGCUGAAGUUUUGGCCACUCGAUAAAAUACUGAUUGAUAGGUACAAAUUUUCAGAGACUGAUGCUCGGGAGUUUGCAGAGUUUCUUUGCCCCAUUUUCGACUUUGCACCAGAGAAGCGGCCAACAACUCAACAGUGCCUCCAACACCCGUGGAUCAUUGGCAGUACUUCGAACCAGAGCGAGAUGAAAAAUAAAUCUAAAGUGGAAAAGGUGAAUGUUGGGAUGAGCAACCAUCAGAUCAAGGUUGGCAAGUGAAGAAAACCCUGGAGGAUGGAGGAUGAUGAUGCCGGCAACACCUACCACACCAUUUCUAACGCUUCCAAAUGACUCCCCUCCGCACGUAUGACCUAUUGAUUGCGAUUUAAUUUUGUUGAUUACGCAUCUAAUACGAUUCUUAUUAUUUUUCAAUUAACUAUUACUAUAAGAGAUGUAAAUUAGUAACGAUUUUCGCGAGAAAAAUGAUGUCGAAAAAUUUGGAUAGAGAAUUCGGCUGUCGCUUCGGAUAUCUGCCCCUGGUGGCUUGUAUACUAGCUAAAACCAGAACAAUGUUUUCCCACAAUUUUUAUGCCGAUGAUGAAGAUUGAUGACUUUCUUGA